AUGUGCGUGUACAAGGAAGGCGUUGUUGCGCAGGGGCUCGUCAAGUUCAGCAGCCGCUACAGGCCCAUCCACCAGCUCUUCAACUUCAACGUAGGUGCAGAGGACAAGUGUGUGCUGUACGAGAAGCUGCUGCUGGAGAGCGUGACGAUGCGCACGGGCGCCAACGUCCACGUCAUUGUGCCGCACACCACCAACUCAUGCAGCGACGGCGGCGACGCAGAAGCAGGUAUGUGGCGGCAUCCCCAUGUGCACGCUGCACAACUUCCUGCACGCAUGGAGUGGGUGCGGGCCAAGUUCACGGACCUGUUUGUGAGUCCGGUAUCGCAGCUGCAGCAGUUCCUGGAGGACCCUGAGGGGUUCAUCUCCUCUCGGGCCUGGAGACGAAGAUUGAGCAGCGCGUGGGUGGCGAGCGGAUCGGCGCCCUGGAACGCAGCGUGGACAUGCUCAAGGCCAUCAAAGACCUCGCCGCACAGCUGCAAGAGAAGCCGACGAUGGAGACGCGCAAAGACCAAGAGUGGAGAGCCCUUUUGGUCAGGCCACAAGAUCUUCCCCGAGGCGCUCGAGUUUGAUCCGCAGAAUCCGCUGCACAAGGCGUUUCUGAUUGCCGUCACCAACCUCUACGCAUGCGUCUUCAAGGUGCACCCGACCAAGUACCCGAGCGAGGAGAACAAGCUCCACAUCAAGCGCACCAGUCUUCCCAGGACAUCAAGAACAUCAAGCAGCCAAGCAGACACGCACUCCUACCCUCGUCUCUCUCAAGCUGCUGGCAGCUGUCCUUCUGCUUCUUCUGAGCAGGGCGGCUACUCCUACGUCAACGCCAGUCCCGAUGGCCGCCUGCUGGUAGCUGAGUCGUUUGUGUGGGGCAUGCACGGGCUGGCGUGCAAGCAGCGCAUGCCCGUCACAGCAACCGACAUGGUGUGGACCAAGGACGGCAAGCACCUCAUCUGCCCCUCUUACUCCCCUACUCCCGCGUGUACAUGUGCGGCCUCGGUGCACAUGAGGCUGAACGCACAGUCAUCUUCGGGGAUCUUUCCUGGCGCUGAACUUGCAUGCGCCGCCGCUUCCGAUGGGACCCUGUGGGUCACCGAGAGGUGGCAGAAGGUGCCCUACGAGUGCAAGCUGCACCGCGUGCCAGACCUCAAGUGCCUGGCGGUUGUGCCGUCCACCUUCGAGCACACGCGCUACAUGGCAGUCACGCCCACCCUGUACAUCGCGGGCAACAAGACGGGCGUCAUCUCUUUGUGGCAGCUUGGUGAGCCAUCGACCUUGCUUGCAGAGUGGAGGGCUGAUGUUGUCGGUAAUGGCGAGGAGACGAUACAAGACGUGGGCGGAGAAGAAGCGAGAGGGGAAGUAGAGGCGGAAACGGCAAGCAAGGAGCGCGUGCGCACUGCCGUGGAUGCGUUGCGUGUCACCCCUGAUGGCCGCUUCCUAGUGACUGCGUCCACCUCCACCGACUUGCGCGUGUGGGAUCUCAGCACCCUCACAUCCACACGAUCAGCAACAACACAACAUGAAGGGACAGCAGCAGUGGCACCAACAACAACAACAGCAACAACAACAACGACACGCCCGUUUGUAUUUGUCGUGCGACUGUUUGCGGACAGCAGCAACAAGCUUGCUAGCGCGUGCGGAAACACAGUGCACGUCUGUGCCAUUGACCACCACCAGCAACAACAACAACAACAGCAGCAGCAGGAGGAGCACCACCAGCAGCAACAACAGCAACAGCACGUAAACGGCAGCAGUGGUGGCGUGAGCAGUGCGCUGACGCGUGUGGCGGUGUUGGAUGACUUGUUUGUGGACGAGGCAGAGCCGAACGCCAACAUGACCGCCGCCACCAUGGCCACCCACCCAACUGAUGACAGCCUGCUGGCGAUUGACACUGCGCGAGAUGACGUGUUUGUUGUGUGUGACGUCGCCGACCACAAGGUCCUCAGCAAGCUCAAAGUGAGCAGAAACGCUCCGGUCAAGUUCGGCGUCUUUGCCCGUCGCAGCAGCAUCUUGUUCGUCAACUCUGUUGAGAGCGUGAUCAAGUGCGACUACAGUACGGGGCAGCACACCACCAUAUUGCAUCGCAAUGACAGAGCAGAUGAUAUGGUCGUGUGCUAUCACCAGCACCCGCUCACUGUUUCAAGCAGCGUUUUGCAAGGCAGGGUUGCCCUGUGGGCGCUGGGACCGACCCUGAACCGCGCCAUGAUCCUCCACACAGCCACCCCAGAUGCCGCCCCUACGCCAUUGUGCCCGUUGUUGUUCCACCAGCAACACCUCCCGCAGAAGCGCAUUGCCGUGCUGCCAUCAUCUGCCAAGCAUUUUGACAUGGCAAAGAAGAUGAUGGAGGCUGCAGCGUUGUCUUCUUUUGUCCUGGACUGCCUAAUCCAUCUGGCAUAA